CAGAACAAGUAUGCUUUUUUUUUUAAUGUGACAUGCGCACAUGGACUCAGCAGCAAGACUAGCGAUCUGCUUGCUGUUCGACACGCUGUGGAGACGAAAAGACCCGAGAUACGCCCCAGCAGCCGCGGGCCAGUAACCGAUACGGGCUCGGGCACAUUCAYCGGRACGGAGCGGCGGCGCYGGUGGUCCGAGAAUGCCACAGCAAGUGAACGCAUCGUCGGGGUUGGCUCGUGAGCCAGUAGCGCUCAUCUUUGUAUCGCUCAUUAAGAGCGUCGUGAUUUCUGCUUUUGUUUUUUCUCCUUUCAAGAGGAAUUAAACAUCAACAASAAGCAUGCCGCCUCCUUCUCACAGCUUUCAGUCCAGCGGGCUGAGUUUCUCUGAAACGAGCAUAGGUUCCUUUAAGAGAAGAAAGAGGAAAUCCAUCAUCGUGACGGCGAUGCUGCUCAUUGUGUCUGUGCUCAUCCUCAUCUUCGGCCUGGCGGCGACCACCAGGACUCAGAACAUCACGGUUGGAGGCUAUUACCCUGGAGCCAUUCUGGGCUUUGGUUCCUUUCUGGGAAUUAUUGGUGCUCAUUUGAUAGAGAACAAGCGUCAAAUGUUAGUGGCAUCUAUUGUCUUCAUCAGUUUUGGAGUGGUGGCUGCUUUCUGCUGCGCGAUCGUGGAUGGAGUUUUUGCAGCGAGGCACAUUGACCUCAGGCCUCUGUAUGCGGGUCGCUGUAGCUAUCACUCCAGUGAGACUUCAUCUGAACAAGACGUGCAAUGCCACACGCCACACUUAAACUGCAUCCUGCGUGUGAAGAGCAACACCUGCUACUGCUGCGAACUCUACAACUGCGGGAAUCAGCGGAAUUUGGACGGGAUGCCUCUGUCGGAUCGGUCGAGCUCUGACGGCGGUGGCGAACCGCGCAGUCCUCGGGCUCGAAGACGACACCGCAGCGGGGACAGCCUCUCUCCGGACAGCUUUGGGCCCAAACUCCCGCAACCACGCAACCGAGAGAGGGAGCGAGAAGAGCGCGAGCGUCGUUUCAAAGAGGCGAGAAACAUCAGGCGAUUCCGCAUCGGAAGUCCCCGUAGAAGCCGCUCCAGAUCCAGGUCUCGGUCCCGAGAGCGUCAGAACCACAACCAGAACCAGAACCACUGGUCGGAGCAGCGGGACACAGCUGGGAAACACGGCAGCUUCAAAGAUGAUUAUUAUUACCAGCAGCAGAGGGACGAUGUUCAGAGGCAGAGACAAGAAGCUUUUAUCGCCAGGCGCCUGCAGGAGAGGGAGCGGAUCGGGGAGCUCGGUUGUCCUGAAGUUUGGGGUUACUCGCCGAGAGUGAAGGAGCCAGACUCUGAUGAAUUCACACCCGUGGAAGAAGAUGAGAAAAACAACAGCUCAAAAUCAAGCUCAGAAGAGGAAAAGAARAAGAAGAAGAAGAAAAAGAAGUCCAAGAAAAGAAAAAACAGGAAACAUUCAGAGGACAGCGAGCUAGAAUCUGAUUCAGAUGCAGAGGAAGAAGCAAAGAAGAAGAAAAAGAAGAAAAAGAGCAAAAAGUCUAAGAAGUCGAAGAAGAAGAAGAUGAAGAAGAACAGGAAAGAGUCCAGUGACUCAAGCAGCGAGGAAUCGGAGGAAGAGGAGGAGGAAGCCGGUGCGGUGAUGUGGGUGGAGAAAACGUGCAUCGACGAACACAUAGUUGGUCCUGAAGCUCCGCUCACUCAUACCUCGCAGGAUGACAAACCUCUGGAUUUUGGUCAUGCUUUGCUGCCGGGUGAAGGUGCUGCCAUGGCCGAGUACGUGAAAGCGGGCAAACGUAUCCCAAGAAGAGGAGAAAUUGGCCUCACCAGUGAGGAGAUCGCAGACUUUGAGAAGUCUGGUUACGUCAUGAGCGGCAGCAG